GUAAUUUCCCCUAAAUUUGAGCAAAAUUGGCGGGUUUUUCAUUUCGAUUACAAAAAUCAGAAAGAUAAAAUAAAACUCACAAAAAAACCCUUCUUCUCAUUCUCACUCUCACUCUCACUCUCACUCUCACUUUCACUCUUUCUUCUCAUUCUUACAAUACAGAGAGAUCCGAGGAGAGACAAACUCUUCGGAAAAAAUGGAUUCCAAUUCUUCAGCAACUGCACCAACUACUCCUAGCUGGAAUUCUGAAAGGCCUUUUCUUACAGGCCGAUUUCACCAGGAAACUAAGGAUUCGUCUCGUAAUUCCGCAAUCAAAGGUUUCUCCAUGGAUUCCUUAAGUCUUGGAGCGGAAAAAGCCAUUGGAUGUUAUCAUGCUUCUGUUCAGGAACUCAUUGUCAUCGAUGAUCUUCUUUCUGCUUUGGUUGGAAUUGAAGGACGCUACAUUUCCAUCAGAAGAAUUGGGGGGGAGGAGGGUGAACUUACCUUCGAGGUUGAUGCAUCUAUGGAUUUAGCUCUUCAGGAGUUGGCGAAGCGCAUAUUCCCAUUAUGUGAGAGUUAUCUAUUGAUUGACCAAUUUGUUGAGUCAAGAUCUCAGUUCAAGAAGGGACUGGUAAAUCAUGCCUUUGCAGCUGCAGUAAGAGCACUACUUCUGGAUUAUCAAGCUAUGGUGGCUCAGCUGGAACAUCAAUUUCGUCUUGGAAGACUUUCUCUGCAAGGAUUGUGGUUUUACUGUCAGCCAAUGAUGGGAUCUAUGAAAGCUUUAUCGUCUGUGAUCCAGAAAGCUUUAUCCAAUGAUUAUGAAGGUGUUGAUGUUCUUAACCUCUUGCAGAGCCAGGCUAAAGCUAUGGCUGGUGAUCAUGUUGUAAGAUCACUGCUGGAAAAGAUGGCACAUUGUGCAAGCUCUGCAUAUCUCGAGAUACUAGAAAGGUGGGUUUAUGAAGGGGUGAUUGAUGAUCCAUAUGGUGAGUUCUUCAUAGCUGAAAACAGAUCUCUGCAAAAGGAAAGUUUAACACUAGAUUAUGAUGCAAAGUAUUGGCGACAACGCUACAGUCUCAAGAAUAGCAUUCCUAGCUUCCUUGCCGAUGUUGCUGGGACAAUCUUGACAACAGGGAAAUAUUUGAAUGUUAUGAGGGAAUGUGGCCAUAAUGUUCAGGUCCGAGUCUCAGAAAAUUCCAAAUUGCGGAAUUUUGGUUCAAAUCACCACUAUCUUGAAUGUAUAAAAACUGCUUAUGAUUUUGCCAGUGGUGAGCUGCUGAAUCUCAUCAGAGAGAAGUACAAUCUUUUGGGAAAGCUGCGAUCCAUAAAACACUAUCUUCUUCUUGACCAGGGUGAUUUUCUUGUCCACUUCAUGGAUAUAGCUAGAGAGGAGCUGACCAAGAAGAACGAGGAGAUCUCAGUAGAGAAACUGCAGUCUCUUAUGGACCUUGCUUUGCGAUCCACAGCAGCUGCAGCAGAUCCUUGCCACGAAGAUUUGACAUGUUGUGUUGAAAGAUCUACUUUACUAAAAAGAUUAAGCAUGCUCAAAGAUCUUGAAAUUAGUAAAGCUAUAUCUGAUAAUGAUCUCGAGGAACCGGCAAGCAUUACUGGCCUGGAGACGUUUUCAUUGAGUUACAAGGUUCAAUGGCCACUGUCCCUUGUUAUAUCGAGAAAAGCCUUGACCAAGUAUCAGUUAAUUUUUCGUUUUCUGUUUCACUGUAAACACGUCAAUCGCCAGCUUUGUGGGGCCUGGCAAGUGCAUCAAGGAGUUCGUGCUGCUAACUUGAAGGGAACUGCUAUAUCUCGUUCUUCGCUUCUCUGUAGAAGUAUGCUCAAAUUUAUCAAUAGCCUUUUACAUUAUCUAACAUUUGAGGUUCUUGAACCUAAUUGGCAUGUGAUGAAUAAUAGGCUGCAAUCAGCAAAAAGCAUAGAUGAGGUUAUCCAAUAUCAUGAUUUAUUUCUUCAGAAGUGUUUGAGAGAAUGUAUGCUACUUCUGCCUGUACUUCUCAAGAAAAUGGAGAAAUUGAAGCUUAUAUGUCUUCAAUACGCUGCAGCUACUCAAUGGUUGAUAUCUUCUUCCAUUGAAAUUGCUGAGCCCCUACCAAGUUUGGGUAAAGAAUCAAAAUAUAGGACUUCAUCCAAGGCGCUAAAGUUCACAGAAAAUGCUACAGUCACAGAUUCCAUUUUGAAAUUUGAAAAAGAAUUUCAUGCUGAACUUCAGAGCCUUGGGCCAAUCCUGAGCAGUCGUUCACAAGCAGAACCAUAUUUAACGCAUCUCGCACAAUGGAUUCUUGGAGUUGGAGAUGAAAAGUAAUUUGUAUGUAGAAGCAGAUUUUGUUUUUUGAAAAGAGCCUUUAAAAAAGCUGUACAUCUUGCCGUGUUUUGUGUUUGAUGGGGGGAAAAUAUCCAAGUAAAAUUUGCAACACGAUUUCUGGUAGUGCAAAUUUUAGAUCUGGUUGGUUUAGUGGUGGUUUGAUUCAUAAGAAAACAUCCAGAUACAUUCUUAAGAUC